GUAUCGAACUUCGAAGCGCGGCUGCGCGAAACGCAGGCUCAAGAAGCUAUUGUCCCACCCGCUGACGGCAGCGAGGAGGCAACGAUAGCUUCUAACGAGCCUGCUGGCAUAGGCUUCGACGAACACCUAGUAGACGCCUUCGAAGGCCUUGACUGGGGCCACUUUCCUCAGUAUAUGAAGCCUUUGGCGUCGCAGCGCGGGAAGAAAAGCUGGAUAUACCUUUAUGGCUACCGCGUCGCGUCGCGGAUUAAUCCUAGACGCCACUACUUUAUAUGCCGCUUUUGCUAUAAGCAAAAGUUUAUUGACGCUGGUGUCUGUUGUAUAUAUGAAACAACAAGAUCAACGUCAGCAGCCCAGCGACAUCUUGAGGAGGAUAAGCCUGGCCAUGGCUACAAGACACCCGAGAAAGCUGAUGCUGAAGUACUCAACACUAUCCAGGCUGUGCUUACUGGCAAUCGAGUUAGCCAAGCAGUCGCGAAUGAGCUCUCUAGCUUCAAUAUCCAGCGCUUUAGGCUUGCAGCAGUUGCCUGGAUUGUUAAGACUAACCAGCCACUUUCCACUUUCGAGUCGCCAGCUUUUCGAGACCUUAUCGCGUCAGCUAAUCCACAAGCGGAGGAAGCUCUAUGGGCU